CGAAUGCCACGAGUCGGCAGUUCUGGAGACCCGGCAAUAUGGCGAACCUCUUCCAGGGCUCCAUUCGCCUCCAGAACACGCCCUGCAAUACAGACAUCGGCGACGCCGGCACCUGUCUCGCCGAAACAGACUGUCGCUCGCGCGGGGGAACCGGUUCCGGGCAGUGCGGCCGCAGUGGCCUCACGUGCUGUACCUUCAAGUUCACGUGUUCGGGAAAGACCUCUUCCAACGAGACCCUCUUCGUCAACCCGUCCUAUCCGUUGGGCGAGAACGGCACCAACACAUGUCAGGUGACCAUCCAGAACGCGCCCGACGUCUGCCAACUCAGACUAGACCUCGAGGAGUUCAGUCUCUCGCCGCCCGACGAAUACGGCAGAUGUACUAAAGACUCAUUUAUGGUGCGCACGACUGUCGGCGAACGACUGCCAAUGCUUUGCGGCGAAAACAAAGGCCAACACCUGUACGUAGAUAUGGGCCGCGGAUCCGGAAAUCCCGUCGUUCUGUCGGUCAUCACGAAUGACAUCGACUUCUCGCGCAAGUGGAAGAUCAAGAUCUCUCUGAUCCCGUGCAACAACUACGUGAUGGCGCCGUCCGGUUGUCUCCAGUACUACCGCCUGCCCUCUGACGUGAUCCGCUCCUUCAACUACGGCCCGAGAGUGGACUCGAAGUCGCGCUAUCUGUCGAACCUUCGCUACACGUCUUGCAUUCGCGUCGAAGAGAACUUCUGUGCCAUCAAAUGGAUGACCGAAGCGGAGAACUCGUUCUCGUGGGGCGCUUCCAACGACCCGCUCUACAGCGCCGGCAACGCCUCCUUCUCCGACUUGGGCCUCACGGGCGGCCUCUGCAACGACGACGACUACGUGGGCAUCGAUCAGGGCUCGCAGGAGGGCUCGGGCGCCGGCGAAGACCGCUUCUGCGGCGGAAGGCUCUUCUACAACAAUGUCGUCAUU